UUUUUUGUCGACAAUACAUAUAUAACACAUGAUAACAGGGAGUAUUUAAUUUUUUAGUAGUCGACUAAUCUACCUGUAACGGUGUAAUCAGUAGCUGCCCAAAGUUGCCAAAUAUUGUCGAACUUUGCUUCUCGUUUUACGUUUGCCUCGGUUGAAGUGAUAGACUGUCCAAUGAAAACUUUCACUCAGUCCUUCUUCGCGCAGUCCUCGGACAAGUCCGACAUCCAAACUGAAACGACCAGUAUCAGUAGUCCUCAUAUGGAACCAAUCGACGAUUUCGAACUCGACCGCGAUGUUGGAUGCACUUGUCCGUUGGCGAGUGCUAGCCAGUCUGCGUACUGCGUAGCCGCCACCCUCCGCCUGAACAAUUACACGCCGUGGCAUCUCCAGCUGGAGAGCUGCCAUCUGAACUAUGGUCAAACCGAGUCCGUCAUCCACACCGUCAGACCGGGAGCGUACAGCAUAAUGGCCAUGCAUAAAACCGGCGGCUCAACAUCUGGGACAUCGGGGACCAUCGCCUGGCGCCUGGAAGGCCGGCCUACCUCCGUGAUCUUGAUGUGGUCAGUGCCGUACAAUCAGAAUCAUCAUAGCAACUGGCUGGGUGUCGGUGUCGGCGAGCGCGGCCGCCAUUCAGCGGAGACAUUCCAGGAAAUGUACUACGGAGAGGAGACAUAUUUUUCCCGGAAAGACUUCUAUCGGUUGGUCGAUCCCGUGCUGUAUGCGAAUAACGGUGUGACGAUAACCGGCGUGAUGGGCACCGCGCACAAGACCGAUAUCGUGGUGGAUGUACGACUGGCGGCAGCGGCGUAAAGGUCACGGGCGAGGAAUUUAAAGAAUUUGCCAGUUUUUUAGCAUCGUAAAUGUCCGCCAGCACGAACUGUAUUUUUUCGUUAGACGUGGAUAGUGUCUUCCAAGGAAACGGAUGUAGCGCGAAAGUCCGUAAAUAUUCUUUCCUUCUGCUGAAUCACCUAUGAAAUGAAUCUUUUGUACAUACGGUAUUUUCACUAUUUUGCUUGGAAGUUGAAGCAUUUUACGCAUGCAUGUGCCGUAUUUUGCCUUGGCUUUCCAUUGUGAUUUUCGCUUUUUUGACUUAUAUCAUGUGUUCUAUCAUCAUUUGCCAGAAUAUUUUGCUGAUUAUAGCCGCGGCAGUAUUUAUGCGCAUUUUGCAGUGAAGUUCGAAGAAUAUCGCUUUAUAACGAGGCUAUUGUCCAUCCGUAUC